GUUAUUUGAGCGGACACCACAUGAGGUCUUGCAUGGUGAACAUGCUAGAGGUUGCGAUCGGAGCUCCUGAGAUGUCAAGGAAAAGAGACGCUGAGCCCGGAGCACCACCCGAGUACGCCCCGGAGAAGAAGAGGGCCUGCUGGGGAAUUCUGACCAGCCAAGGGUCCUGGGCAGAUCGCUCCCCUCUCCAUGAAGCAGCGUCUCAGGGUCGACUGCUUGCCAUGCGCACUCUGCUGGCACAGGGAUAUCACGCCAACAUUGUCACCAUUGACCAUGUGACCCCUCUCCAUGAAGCCUGCCUGUCAGGACAUGUAGCCUGUGUCAGAGCAUUAAUAAAUGCUGGAGCUAAUGUCAAUGCUGCUUCCAUCGAUGGUGUCACUCCUCUGUACAACUGUUGUGCCUCUGGAAGUGUCGGUUGUAUGGAACUGCUACUGCAGAAGGGAGCACACACACACACGCCACACACACACUUCCCCUCAGCUCUACACGAAGCCUGCAAGAGAGGCAAUAACCAGUGUGUAGAGUUCCUGUUGUCUCAUGGAGCAGACCCAGACUAUGAUGUGUCCCACUUGGGCUCUCCUCUCUACAUGAGCUGUCUACAUCGACACACAGCCUGCUCAAAGAUUCUGCUGCACAAAGGAGCCAAUGUUAAUGCAGGCAGAGGAGGUGACAGUCCUCUGCAUGCAGCUGUCAGGCAGGACAGUGCUGAUCAGGUGUCAGUAUUACUGGAUUAUGGAGCUGAUAUCAACGUCAGAGACUGUAACAAUCAGCGACCUGUGGAGCUAGCGCCUCCUGGUGGAAAAACACAACAGCUGCUACUAACAUUUGAAGUUUCUCCAAGGAGUCUCUGCCAGUUGUGUCGUAUCCAGAUCAGGAAUCUGAUUGGUCGAUCCAGACUAAAGCUGCUCCCCGUCCUUCCUCUCCCUUCACUUCUCACUAACUAUCUAGAACACAAAUAGGAUGAUGGGCACACAUGCAGCGUGACAGUGAUUCAGAUGCAAUUUCUUUUAAGUUCUUACAUUUGAAUGUGCCGAGCCCCUUAUUAAUCACAUUUUAUGUUCAAAUAUCACCAUGGUUUACACUGUAUGGUUGAAUAUGUCUACUGCAACAUCACUAAAUUAAAGUACACUCAAGAGUU